AUGAUGGCAGCCUCUAAUAAGGGGCAACCCGAGCGCCGCCUGCCUGUGCAGCAGAUGUGCGUACUGGCUCUAUGUCGGAUGUCAGAACCGAUCGCGUUCACAUCAGUCUUCCCGUAUCUGCCAGAGAUGAUCGAGAGUCUAGGUAUACCACAGACCGAUGUGGCAUGGUGGGCAGGAUUCACUGUAGGCAUGUUUCCCUUAGCACAAUUCUUGACUGCUGUAUCCUGGGGCCGGGCUAGCGAUCGCUAUGGCAGAAAACCAAUUAUCUUGCUCUCCUUGACUUGCACCAUGAUGACAUCUCUUCUCUGGGGAUUCUCUAAUAGUCUGGGCAUGGCCAUCGCUGUACGAGCACUUGCAGGAGCCGCCAAUGGCACAGUUGGUAUCAUCAGAACUGCCGUCGCGGAGAUGGUACCUUGGAAAGAGCUUCAACCUCGUGCGUUCAGCGUUAUGCCCCUUGUCUGGAACAUCGGCAGUAUCUUUGGUCCUACACUUGGAGGUGCUCUUGCCAAUCCAUACCAUGUCGAGCCUGGUCAGCCUCUGUCAAACAACCCUGCNAUUUUUGAGCGGUUCCCAUAUGCACUGCCGAAUAUGCUUGCCGUGAUUCUGUUUUUGGUAGGUAUAGCCAUCGGAACACUAUUUCUGGAGUUCGCACCUUCCUCAGGUUCUGAUGAAGAAUCUGGAGCACAAGCAACGCCGAAACCAGCACUCCCUCCACCCAGUUUCCGCGAAGUGCUUAAUCGUCAGACCAUCAUUAAUCUGGUCGUGUACACCCUCCUUGCUCUUCACAAUAUCGCCUUUGAUCAACUCAUACCUAUCUUCAUGCACCACCCUGUUCAAGACCACUCUGCCAGCAAUCCCGAUUUCCAGCCUCCUCUCAAGUUUGCUGGUGGAUUUGGACUCGACUCUGGCCGUAUCGGAUUCAUCUUUUCGAUUUACGGUAUCUCUGGGAUGACCACUCAGGAGGCGGCGAUAUUUGUAUUGAUGGUUGUCAAAGGAUUCUUCUCCACUUUCGCCUUUCCUUGUUCGACCAUUCUUCUUACCAAUUCUGCCAGCAGUCUUCGGAUCCUGGGCACACUGAACGGUAUUGCCACGAGUGUUGGUGCAAUCGGUCGAGCAAUUGGCCCAGCAAUCGGAGGCUCGACCUUCACAUACGGUGUCAAGAUUGGUUAUGUCAUUCUGCCAUGGUGGGUUCUGUCCUCCAUUGCCGCGCUUGCAGCCAUACCCUCUUUCUGGGUCGUAGAAGGCGAAGGUUUUGGUGGUGACACGGACAACGUCGAGGACGACGAGGACAGCAUUGUUGAAGAAGACGAACAAGAAGCAGAUUAUGGCAGUCCUGGCCCUCUGCUCAGUCGCACCGAUACUAUAUCCUCAGAUGUCAUCUCAGAGGACGAACGCGAGUACGACUCUGAUGAUACUGCUCGUGACAUCGCGCGAUCUCCACAAAUCAGAAGUAGGCGUGUAUCGGGUAGUCAUAGUCUCUCUCGCCGUCCUUCGAGAAAAAUGUCUGCUCCUAUCGGUAUGGAGAACCGCACGAUCUCGAGACGAUACAGCAGCAACCUUGGACAGAGUUUUGGAAGUGCUGGUAGCUAUAAUCCUUAG